GCAACGGCGGAAGUGGAAGGGCCGCGGCCUGUCUCGGAGGGAGACCGGACGGGACCGGGAGGCGCCGCCGUUGCUACCGCCCAGCGCAGCCCCGCCGAGCCGCCAUGAGUGACCAGCAGCUGGAUUGUGCCUUGGAUUUGAUGAGGCGCCUGCCUCCGCAGCAGAUAGAGAAGAAUCUCAGUGACCUCAUUGACUUGGUCCCAAGCCUCUGUGAAGAUCUCCUCUCCUCCGUUGAUCAGCCGUUGAAGAUUGCACGAGAUAAGGUCGUAGGGAAAGACUAUCUAUUGUGUGACUACAACAGAGAUGGAGACUCGUAUAGAUCACCAUGGAGUAACAAAUAUGAUCCUCCCCUGGAAGACGGUGCCAUGCCAUCUGCUCGCCUGCGCAAGCUGGAGGUGGAAGCCAACAAUGCCUUUGACCAGUACAGAGACUUGUAUUUUGAAGGUGGAGUCUCCUCUGUCUACCUCUGGGAUCUGGAUCAUGGUUUUGCCGGGGUGAUCCUCAUUAAGAAAGCUGGAGAUGGAUCAAAGAAGAUUAAGGGAUGCUGGGAUUCCAUCCACGUGGUGGAGGUUCAGGAGAAAUCCAGUGGUCGUACCGCUCAUUACAAGCUGACCUCCACAGUGAUGCUCUGGCUGCAGACUAAUAAAACUGGUUCUGGUACCAUGAACCUUGGAGGGAGCCUUACCAGACAGAUGGAGAAAGAUGAGACUGUGAGCGACUCCUCUCCACACAUAGCCAAUAUCGGACGCUUGGUAGAGGACAUGGAAAACAAAAUCAGAAGUACACUGAAUGAGAUUUAUUUUGGAAAAACAAAGGACAUCGUUAAUGGGCUGAGAUCUAUUGAUGCUAUCCCCGACAACCAAAAGUAUAAGCAGUUGCAGAGGGAGCUUUCUCAAGUGUUGACCCAGCGCCAGAUCUACAUCCAGCCUGAUAACUAAACCAAUCCAGGUCUGUGCAGACUUUUGCAGACAAAUCAAAACAAGAAGCUCUUAAAAACGACCUGGUGGAGGCUUUGAAGAGAAAGCAGCAAAGUUAAAAUACUCUUCAUGCUAACAAGACAUGCCAUGCACUCGUUAGAUUCCUUUCUUAGAAAACUCAUCCCCCCCUUGCCCUUUUCUGUUACGUCACGUCACGAUUUGCAUUCAGUACUACCCAUGCAACGCCAUCUUCUCCCCAUGAAUAAAGCUGUACAAACUUU